AUGGGAAAUGAUCAUGACAAACCACCUACAAGAAGAAUUUCAUAUAAAGAUUUUUCGGAAGAAAAAAAGGAAGAAAUUCGUAGAAAACAAAGAGAGAGAUAUGCUAAACAGAAAGCAUUAAAAACCAAUUCAAUUCGUAUAAAUGAUACGGAAUCAUCAAAUAACGAUGAUUUGGACACAUUUGAUAAUGAUCGUACGACAGUAUUGAUUACUCAACAUUCAAAUAUUGGUGUUCAAUAUACGAACAAUAUUGAACAUGUUAGUCAUCUUCAAAGAGUAUCAAAGAGACAACGAAAUUCUCAUACUCAUACUGACAUCAAUGAAGAGGGAUCGUCUCAUGAAAAUGCUGGGCUUGAUCAAUGUGUAUUCAAUGCCCCUACAUCCUCACAAGUUGCAGCGAUAUGGGUCGAAAAUGAUGAUAGAGAUCAACCAAGAGGACGUAACAUUCUUGUGUAUAACCAUUCUGGUGGAAAUCAUAAAGUUCAAUUUAGAGGAAGCAGAUCAAAGUACAACGAAACAAACCCAUCAAUAAAUCCUCAAGAAUCAUCCACUGCAGAAGAACUACUUGCAACAGAAGAGCGAGGAUUAAACCAACAAAGAAAGUGCCCAACAGUUUCAUGUCGCGAAUAUUAUUGUUACAAGUUGCAAAUAAGAGAAAAUGUCAGAUCAAUUUUGCUGCUUUCUGGUCGAUUAUUGCAACAGUUUGUAGUUGAUAUGUAUGUGAAGAUCGAGACCUCAAGACUAGAUUAUUUUAGAGGCAAACAACAACAUGUUCGAUCAGAGUUGUAUCAAGGUAUUGUUGAUACAAUUACACUUGGGGAAACAAAUCCUUCUAAUGUUGGGAAACAGAUUAUACUCCCAUCUUCUUUUAUUGGAGGUCCAAGAGACAUGAGAAAAAGAUAUAUGGAAGCAAUGGCUUUAGUUCAACGUUACGGCAAACCUGACAUUUUCUUAACGAUGACAUGCAAUCCAAAUUGGCCAGAAAUUACAAAUGAACUAGGUCCACACAAUGAGAGUCAAAAUAGACCUGAUUUGGUUGCUCGAGUCUUUCAUGCGAAAUUGGAAGAAUUAAAGGACCAGUUAUUCAAAAGGAAAAUAUUCGGAAAAGUGUCAGCAUAUGUCUAUGUUAUUGAGCACCAAAAAAGGGGUCUUCCGCAUGCCCACUUUUUAAUUAUCUUACAAAAUGAGUGGAAACUCCAUGCACCAGAAUAUUUUGAUGAGAUCAUAUCAGCAGAGAUACCUGAUAAAAAUACAAACAUCCACCUCCAUAACGUAGUUGUGAAGCACAUGAUGCAUGGACCAUGUGGAGUAUUAAAUCCAUCAAAUGUUUGCAUGAAAGGAAAUCGUGGAUGCAAAAGUAAUUAUCCAAAGAAUUAUGCAUCUGCAACAACUGUUGGAAACGAUUGCUUCCCAAUAUAUAGGCGUUCAAACAAUGGAAUGACUGUGAAGGUCCGAGGACAAUAUCUAGACAAUCGUUGGGUUGUUCCAUACAACCCGUAUCUCCUUGCAACAUUUGAAUCUCACAUUAAUGUAGAGAUUUGUUCUACAAUAAAAGCAGUGAAAUAUCUUUACAAGUGCAUUUAUAAAGGUCAUGAUCGUGUCGCUUUCAACUUGGUUUCUGAAAUAAACAAUCAACAAGUUGAUGAAAUCCAACAAUUCCAGUCAGCCCGAUGGAUUGCUCCCCCAGAAGCAAUGUGGAGAAUAUAUGGAUUUAUUAUCAAUGAGAUGUCCCUAGCAGUGUAUAGUUUGCAUUUACAUCUGGAGGAUCAACACUCGGUCACUUUCCAAGCAAACGACGAUCUAAUUAACAUCCUCAAUUUAGACCGUUCUAGAAAAACUAUGCUAACACAAUUCUUUGCAUUAAAUCGAGUAGAUGAAAAUGCAAAGAAAUUACUGUACAAACAAAUUCCAGAAUAUUAUGUUUGGAACCAUCAACACAAAGAAUGGACUCCCCGAAAAACGAAAACAGUCAUAGGUCGUAUUGUUACAGCAAAUCCAUUUGAGGGUGAGCGUUAUUUCAUGCGGAUAUUGCUAAACCAUGUAAGGGGACCGCUGUCCUUUGAAGAUCUUAGAACAAUCGAGGGCAUUUUGGCCCCCACAUUUUGUGAGGCAGCAACAAUGCAUGGUUUGUUACAAAGAGACAGUAGCUUAGAAGACUGUUUACAUGAGGCAUCUUUAUAUCAAAUGCCAUCCAGUUUGAGGUGA